AUGUUAAUCACACCACUUUUUCUACUCAUUGUUACCCAUGUGGGUCUAAGUAUUCAACAACAACAAGGCCAUUAUUACCCACCAACAGAUCAUACCCUUGGUGACGAGGAAAUCGUCAAACGAGGAGUUCAGGAAUUGCAUGAUAUUGAUGCUGCCACCGAUUUGAAUGAAUGCUUAACAUGUAAGACUAGAUUGCAAGUUGGUAAAUUUUUAGCCUUGACAAGACCUGACUUGGUUCCACAAGUGUUCUCAACUUGGUGUGUUGAACUGGGGUAUGAUGAAAUACAAUGCCAUAUAAAUUAUGGCUAUCCUGAUGAUAGCUACUCGGCAACUGGUAAUGAUUUCACCAAAAUGGUUAGCUUGAUGAAUCCAUCUGGUUUGGAUGGUGAUUAUUUCUGUUACUACCAUGACAAGAACUGUCAUGUUUUGCCAGAGACACCAAUGGUGGACAUGAGCAAUAUGUGGCCUCCAAAACCGAGGAACUACUUACCCCCUGAUAAUAGUGGCGAGGUGUUUCAUGUUUUGCACAUUAGUGAUAUUAACUUGCAAUUGGAUUACCAAGUCUUUGCUGAAGCAAACUGUACUCAAAGCUUGUGCUGUACAUCAGAAAGUCGCAAUCUCAAGCACCAGCCACCAUCAGUCAAUGAGAAUGCUGAUAUGGAUGGUUAUUACGAUAGCAGCUACAGCAAGAACCAUUUUGAAAAGGGGAGGUAUUUAGAUAUAACCAAGAUCAAAAAGCCCACAUGGUCACCUGCAAGACAAUUUGGAGAAUAUACUUGUGAUACCCCUACAUUGUUAUUGAACAGUACCAUGCAGUGCAUUCGCGAUUUGCAUCAAAACCAUUUAUCAUUUGAGUUUGCCAUUUUCACCGGUGGAACAGUUGACCAUUCAGACAGAUACUUCAUGACCAAGGAUAAGAUUAUAAAGUCUCAAGAAACAAGUUAUAAAAUCCUCAAACACUAUUUAGACAACGUCGAUGUGAUUCCAACCUUUGGCACUCGUGAUAUUUUCCCCAUGAAUCAGUUGCCACAGAAAAACUUAAGCAUCAAUUCAAAUGGGUAUCAAUGGCAAUUUGAUUUGCUAGCCGAUAUUUGGCUGGAGUUGGGGUGGAUAGAUCAUGAUACCGCGAAACAAAUCAGGUAUUCGCAAACUGGGUUCUCAUUGAAGACCUCACUUGGCUUGAAAAUUAUAUCAUUAAAUUCCAAUGUUUGGAACGUCAAGAACUUGUACGCAUUUUGGGAUGUAUUGAAUGUUGACUCAUACGGCGUUUGGAAAUUCCUAAUCAACGAGUUGGUGGAAGCAGAAAAGAAUCAUGAGCGAGUAUGGAUAAUUGCCCAUUUACCGCCCAACCAUCAAACGCUAGCACCACCAAUCAAAGUGUUCACGCAGAUAAUUGCUCGUUUCUCUCCCAAAGUUAUUGCCGCUAUCUUUUUUGGUUGCAUCCAAUUGGAUUCAUUUGUAGUUCAGUAUGGCGGUGAUGGCACUAAUGAGCGUGAAUUGCAAAAUGCAUUCAACCACGCAUUGAUUGGUCCUCUGAUUAGUCCCUAUGGUGGUGUCAAUCCUGCUUGGCGGUAUUAUGCUGUUGACAAGCAAAGUUUCAGUAUAAUAAACUCCUUCACUUAUUACACCAAGCUUUCCAAUUGUUUCCAUAACGAUGGAGCCGAACCCAAUUGGGACUUUGGUUAUUCUGCUAGGGACGUCUAUGACCCUGAUCAACUAUGGCCACUGGACUGGGCGUUGAGCACUGAGUGGUGGCAUCAUGUCAGCAAUAGGAUUUCGACAAACCCAGAAUUGGAGCUAUUGUACCAGCGUUUGGAGACAAGGUGGUCGCCAUAUACUUUUAUUGACAAAAAUAAUCAUUGCAAAGUCAGUAGUUUUUCACUCGAGGCUCGCAAACAAUGCAUGGUGACUGAAGAUCAGGAUGAUUAUGUUGAGCCAAGGGUACCCAAUGACUACAUUCCAAUUGUUCAUGUUGCUGAUAAAUCAGUUGAAUACGUCGAAGUAGAACCACAAGAUGACGAGGAAGAACGUGAUGAUGAUGAUGAUGAUGAAAGCCUCGAAAAAAAUAUUGACAAUUGGGAAGAUUGUGUCGAGGAGGAAAAUAAUUCAACUACAAGCUCUAUCACCAGCACUGCUGGGUCAUCAAUAUCUCCGACCGCCAAAACUUCUACUGCUCCACCCAUCCCUAAACCCAAGAACCAGAAACAAAAGGGCAAAUCGCUUCACUUGAAACAAAAAUUGAAUAAAAAUGUCAAUUACGCAAAACAACGAGUUGUUCAGUUAUAG